AUGGGCUCCAGAGGUCACAGCACGCUCCCACGGACUCUCAUGGCCCCUCGGAUGAUUUCUGAGGGAGACAUAGGAGGCAUCGCUCAAAUUACCUCCUCUCUCUUCCUGGGCAGAGGCAGUGUGGCCUCCAACCGGCACCUCCUCCAAGCUCGUGGCAUCACCUGCAUCGUUAAUGCUACCAUUGAGAUCCCCAAUUUCAACUGGCCCCAAUUUGAAUAUGUUAAAGUGCCUCUGGCUGACAUGCCCCAUGCCCCCAUUGGACUGUACUUUGACACUGUGGCCGACAAGAUCCACAGUGUGAGCAGGAAGCAUGGGGCCACGUUGGUGCACUGUGCUGCGGGGGUGAGCCGCUCGGCCACUCUCUGCAUCGCUUACCUGAUGAAAUUCCACAGUGUGUGCCUGCUGGAGGCGUACAACUGGGUGAAAGCCCGUAGGCCUGUCAUCAGGCCCAACGUAGGUUUCUGGAGGCAGCUGAUAGACUACGAGCGCCAGCUCUUUGGGAAGUCGACAGUUAAAAUGGUACAGACACCUUAUGGCAUAGUUCCAGACGUUUAUGAGAAAGAGUCCCGACACCUGAUGCCUUACUGGGGGAUAUAAUGCCACCAAAGCCUGCAUCAGCAGCCCCUUGAGCAGUACCAGCAUCUGCUACACACCGUCUGUUCCCCUCUUCACCUUUCUUUUCAAAUGGUUGACUCCUGGCUCUCCCUGAAGUGUUUUUUACACUGGGUGUUCAGGUUUAUUUUAAAAGAUGGGGGGGGGGGGGGGGAACAUAAGGGGAAUGCAUACAUUGCUAGUAACAUUUUUAAAACUAACAUUUUGGAAUAGUGUUUAUGAAAAUCUUUAACUGGCUUUUAAUCAUUUUUAACAAUUUGAACAGUUUAAUAAACUGUUUGGUUCUGCUAUAUUCUGAAUCCCAUGCCUUUAGGCAUCAUGGCAGGUGCCAGAGGAGCUCAGUGCAAAAAUCACUUUGGGUCCUGAUUAACCCUUUAGAGACAAGCUUUGCCCAAGGCUGCUGACCACACAAAUGCUUAGGGAAGAUUGAUACCAGCUUCAGUCUCUACUGGAUUAGCCCUACUCUUUCCUUUCCUAUUUAGUGACUCUGUAAGUUAAAAAACAAAAACAAACAAAAAAAACACCUUUGUUAUCUAGUUGUUAAGUAAUUACAAUGAAAUCUGCUGCAAACACCCUCUUGGAAUCAUUGUGCCCCAGGACUAUAUUAGCAUUAUUUUUAAUAAAUAUAUCUGCAUAA